GUCUCAGUGGACAUGGCCCACAAAGGCCACCUUCAACCCAGCAGCCUGGACUGGGCCCUGCGACUGAUCCUGGCAUGGAUCUUCUUGGUGGCCUGUGGAGGGAGCCACCCACUGAAAGUUAUGUUCUGGGGACACCCUGGGCUGCCAGCCAGUGUGGGCACAAACCAGCCGCACCUAGCAGGACAUCCUCAGUCCUCGGCUCCACAGCCUUACUCGAGGACCCAAGAUCCUGGUUCACAGGCAUCACCAGUUCCAGAACCUUGCUGUACCUCAGAGCUAGAGGGGCCAGAGGCAUCAAGCCCGGGGGCCCCUCUAGAGAGCUGCGGUGUGCCAAGCGCAGAAUGUGAAUUCUUCUUGGGACGCCUUCAACGUACCCUCCGCAAUCGCUUCCAUCAGCUGCUGCUUGGAGUACACCGAGAGCAGCCUCUCUGCCCAGAGCUCUGCCAGAUUUGGCUCACUACCUGCAAGGCAGAUUUUACCUGUGGCCCGACUUGGCUGCAGCCCUCUGGGAAGAGGGGCUGUGAGGCCAGUUGCCGCACCUAUGGGCAGACCUUCGCCAAUGCGGAAGACCUGUGUCGCACAGUUCUGGGCCACACACUACAGGUGGCAGCUCCUGGUUCACGCCACUGUCUCAAUGUCUCCACCUCCUCUCCACGGGCCCGCCACUCUCGCACCUGGAUCUUGAAUGCUGCAGGCAGUGGCAGUGGUAGCGGCAGUGGUGACAGCCCUGAGUAGGAGCCACCUAGAGUAACAUCCCUCUCCUCUCCCUCCCAAACCACGCCCUGGGGUUGCCUAGACAGACUUUUUCUACCCAUUAUCCUAGAAAUGGCUCACCGCUCACUUAUUUUGCUCUCUUUCCCAGAAUAAAGUUACUGCCUAGACCACGUUAUACGAUGUGGUUGCUACUUGGAGAAGUAGUUGGGAAGAACUGCAAAAAAAAAAAAAAAAAAAAAAAAGAAAAUCUCAUAGGGGAGGAGGAAGGGGGGGGGAGAGGAAAGGAGAGAGAGAGAGAGAGAGAGACCAGGAAAAUGGCCCAGCAGGCCAACUGAUGAUCUACAUUCUAUCCGCAGAACUCACACAGUAGUAAAAGAACCAAUUCUUGCCUGGCAGUGGUGGCGCACGCCUUUAAUCCCAGCACUCGGGAGGCAGAGGCAGGCGGAUCUCUGUGAGUUCGAUACCAGCCUGGUCUACAAGAGCUAGUUCCAGGACAGGCACCAAAGUUACAGAGAAACCCUGUCUCAAAACAAAAACAACAACAAAAAGAACCAAUUCUUGCAAGUUGUCCUCUGACCUCCACAUCUGUGGUGGCACUCAUGUGCCUUUCCCCCAAAUAAACAAACAAUUUCUGCUUCGAGUCAGGGUCUCUCAUAGCUUUGCCUGACCUGGACUUACUUGGAGGUGUGCCUGCCUCUGACUCCCAAAUGCUGGGAUUAAAGGCGUGCGCCACUACAACAGCAUGAAAGGUAAUAGAGGACUCUGAGAGACAGCCUGCCAGUAACAGCACUGACUCUCCUGCAGAGGACCUGAUUCCCAAUACCCACAAGGUGGCUCAAAACCAUCUCUAACUCCAGCUGCAGGUGAUUUGGUGCCCUCUUCUGACUUCAUUGAGUAUUGCAUGGAUGUGGUGCAGAGACAUAUCUACAUGCAUCUCUCUCUCUCUCUCUCUCUCUCUCACACACACACACACACACACACACACACACUCACACACACAUACAUGUCUAUCUCCCCCCACACCCCCUGGAGAGAUCUGGCUGUCCUGGAUCUUGCUCUGUAGACCAGGCUGGCCUCGAACUCACAGAGAUUCACCUGCCUCUGUCUCCCGAGUGCUGGGAUUAAAGGCGUGUGUUGCCACUGCCUAGCAACACCUUUAUUUCCAUCACUCAGGAGAAAAUAGAAAGGCAGACU